UCUAGUGGACGGGACGCUCCAACAACAACAGCUAGUCAGACACCUCGGUAGCUUUCUAGCAAACAUAGCUACAACAUUCACGCUCUUUACACUGUUUUGGUGUAUAUUAGUCGCUGUGUAUUCAACACACUUCUGUCGUAUGUACAUGUUGGCCCAUUUAAUUAUAUAUUUACGUUGUUUGUCAGCUAGCUGGUUUGCUAAAUUAGUUUAGGACUAGGCUAGUCGCUAAUGCUAACUAGCUAACAUCCCCGAACAUGAGUUCACUAAACUACUCUCCUCCUGAUAAAGAAGAGGUCUGCCGGGCGGAGAAAGAAGGUCUUGUGAAAGAGGAGGACGAAGAGAAGGAUGUUACAAUACAAAAACAAGCUGUUACUGUGAAAGAAGAAGAGAAAGACGUUUCAGUGAAAGAAGAGGAAGACGCGUUCAGAGUGAAAGAGGAGGAGGAUGUUACAGUAAAAGAAGAGGAGGAAGAGAAAGAGGGUGCCGUUUUUGGAGUGACAGAGGAGGAGGAGGAGAUGACUGUCACAUUGGAGGAAGGAGAGGAGGUUGGAGAUCUAGUUAACACCAGAGAGAGACAAGACUAUCGUGGAUCCUCUGUGGAGCCUCAACAACACCAUGAUGCUGAUGAGGCAGAGAAAAGUCUCUCCAGAUCAGAACUCCUCAAGAAACACCAGCGAGUACACACAGGAGAGAAAUCUUACUGCUGCUCUGACUGUGGGAAAAGAUUCAACUCUUCAGUAAAACUUAAAAUACAUCAAAGAAUCCACACUGAAGAAAAACCUUUUGGCUGUACUCAAUGUGGGAAGAGUUUUGUUAGUUCUAGUAAACUGAAGAGACACCAGAGAACACACACAGGAGAGAAACCUUAUAGCUGUGAUCAAUGUGGGAAGAAAUUUACUACAUUUAGCUAUCUAACUAUACACCAGAGAACACACACAGGAGAGAAAUCUUAUACCUGUAAUCAAUGUGUAAGGAGUUUUACUCAGCUAAACAGCCUAAUAGUACACCAGCGGACACACACAGGAGAGAAACGUUAUAGCUGUGAUCAGUGUGGGAAAAGUUUUACUAAAUCUAGCUAUCUACCUAUACACCAGAGAACACACACAGGAGAGAAACCUUAUAUCUGUGCUCAAUGUGGGAAAAGAUUUGCCAGAUCUAGCUAUCUAACUAUACACCAGAGAACACACACAGUAGAGAAAUAUUUUGGCUGUGAUCAAUGUGAGAAGAGAUUUACCAGAUUUAGCUAUCUAACUAUACACCAGAGAACACACACAGGAGAUAAACCAUAUAGCUGUGAUCAAUGUGGGAAGAGUUUCGGUACAUCUGGCUGUCUGACAGAACACCAGAGAACACACACAGGACAGAAUCUUUAUAGCUGUAAUCAAUGUGGGAAGAAAAAUCUGUGACCAGAGAUAAUCUGGUAAAAGAUCUCUGAUUAAACAUCAGAAAAUACAUGUUGUUUCAUGAUAUAAAUGAAAUAAUGUUUUUAAUAUUGUGGAAGUAUUUUAGUAACGUCAAAAUGUAGAAUGUUUUAACAUUGGAGUAGCAGUAUUCUAAUGAUGUCACAAUGUAGAAUGUUUUAACAUUGUAGUUGCAGUAUUUUAAUGAUGUCACAAUGUAGAACCCUAAACGUUUGCUCUGAAUUGAAAGAGUACUAUUUAUGAGAUUUAACAAAAUGUGACUAACAAAAAUAGAGUUGUGUUACACUUACCACGUUGAUGACCCACUUGAAUCAAAAUGCAACACUUCAAAAUGUUUAGGUUUUCAAUAUAUCCCAAACUGUUUCUACAUAUUGGUUAUUGAUUUGGACACGUUAACUGUGUUUUGACACUGCGCUAUUCCCACUUAGCAAAAUGUCAUUCAAAAGACAUUGAAAAGACUAUGCCCAACGUCCAAUAUAUGUUUGGUUAUAGUUGAAAGUGAAAGUUAAAAAGAUGUAUUUUCGGGUCAUUUUUAAAAAUUACUUGAAAACAACAACGUACUUGCAGCCUAUACACAUGGACGCAGUGUAAUGAAUUGGUCUAUAAUCAAUUUUAUUAACAAUCCUACAUUCCUCCAGUAUUUAUUGACAACAUUCAAGUGCUAAUUAUCUUUAUUCCACAACUGAAGAAACAUGAUACAAAUCACCUCAUAUUUCAAACAUCCAGCCUUACAAAAGAUACAUGUUUUAUUAUUCCAUGCCUCACCAUUAAGUUCAUUAUUGCCCACACAUAUUAACAAAGGGGUGUACAUUUGCUUUUGAUAUUUCAUGUUUACAAUUCAUGUUACAUUUAGUAAUCAUAAUUAUUUAUGCAACCGACUGACAAUUUUUGGGUACUAUUAUAUUGAAAUUGUUAUCCUGCUUUUAGAAUAUUAGGGAUCAUUCUCAUUUGUACCAACCCACAUGUUCUAGAGCAUGACAUUGGGGACUGGGCCCCGAUCCAACAACAUGCCUAUCGGGAUAUUGCAGGAGUUUGCUCUUGAAAUCAGACACGGCUAAUACAAUUUGAUUUGAGUUUCAUUUGGGCUCGUUCCAAGGGGAUGAGAGUUCUAGAUGCUACUGAGUUUUAGGAGGAUGAGAGUUCUAGAUGCUACUGAGUUUUAGGAGGACACGAGUUCUAGAAGCUAGUGAGUUUUAGGAGGACGAGACAUCUAGAAGCUAGUGAGUUUUAGUAGGACGAGAGUUCUAGAAGCUAGUGAGUUCUAGGAUUCUAUAGAAAGUAAAAGGAGAAAAAAUGAUAUGAUUGUACAUAUUUUUUUCAUUUAUGUUUUGUGGUUGGACUUUAGCACGUCUAGCUCGUUAGCACGUAGGAUGCACUGAUUGGUGUCACCUCGUUAGUCAGUAUGUGUUACACCUGUACUGGCUUGUCCAUCUGGUUAGUGGGAAGGUGUUUCACCUGAGCUUGUCCAGGUUCUAUUUAAGAGUGCCUGGCCCAGUGCUCCAGUUGUCUUGAUAGAUGUGGAGAGUCAACACCUUUAGUUGAUCCACCUUUUUGGUUUACUUCCUGUCUAAGUUUGGUGUGGGUUUUUCUUUUGUUUGCCUCUUGGGCAGAUUUACUGGGUCUCGUGGUGGGUGUCUUUUAGGUCCCAGUUGUUCUUACUAGUCAACUUUCAGUGGACACCCCUAUAGUGUCUUUCAGAACCCCUCCUAAAAAACAAGCUUAUAUUUUGGGUUGGAUAUUGCAUCCAAUUAAUAUUUUAAUCAAUGGAAUUUCCUUAUGCUCAUUAGUCUUUCAGUUGUUAGUUUUGUUUUUUAUCUUAUGUUUGUUGUUGUUAAUAUUUCAGUUUAUUUUAAUUGGGUUUUUUCCUGUGAAAUCAUUGUGUUGCAUCCAAGUCUGAAAUGUGCUGUAUAAAUAAAGCUUAAUUUGAUUUGAA